UGUCAACUACAAAAACAAUGUAAACAUAACCUCCAAAAGUUGAUUUUUGAAAAUGAUUUGGGGAACAAGUUUAUGUCGAAUAUGUGCCCAAAUUCGCAAUAUUUGCAUUCCAAUAUUUCAAAAAGACGCCGAUAUAGGCAUAGAUAUAAAAAUAAAAAGAUGCCUUGCGCUGAAUAUAUCGCAAGACGAUUUAAAGCCUCGUCAAGUCUGCCAGGAGUGCUUAAUCAAACUGAACGACUUUUAUAACUUUGUAGUUUUGUACACCGAAUCCGAUCACAGAUUCGAAACGUUACUCUGCGGCUCGACGGGCGGAGAUUCAUUCUCGCAGCAGGUCAUGGAUUUGGACUACACGAUUAUUACACCGACACACUGCGGUAAAAGUGACGGUAUAACGCAUCUCGGCUUAAUGGAUCAGUGCAAGGAAAUUGAUCCAUUUAUUGACGUGGAGGCACCGGACGUCGAGCAGAACUUGCUUAAUGAAAUAGUGGCAAAAGUUGUGGAUGAUAGUGUAGAAAUCGACCUGCAAAAUCUUGUGGCGGCCGAUGCCGGAAUUUAUGCGAAUAUUGCUAAUAUACCUCAGCCAAUAACUUCGUGCCCAGUUAUGCCCACCGAAGCGGUUGUUCCCAAGCCAAAGCAAACGAAAGCGAAAAUAAUUUCCGUACAGACACUGUGCGAACGUUACGAAAUACGACAGCCGCAAUACGAAAAAGCCCACGUGCCCAAACCGAAGCUGGCGAAAAACACAUACCCGUGUAUUAAGUGCGGGAAGAUAUUCACACGACGGCGCUGCCUGAACGAACACUUCAAGAAGCACAGCGAUAGCAGGCCGUUCACGUGCGACCUUUGCGGUAAGGGUUUCAUGCUGCAGUCUGAUCUGACGUGCCAUAAGCUCGUACACACUGACCUGUUCGGCUGUAAGUACUGCGGGAAACGCUUCACGGCCCCGAGCAAGUUGCAACGUCACGUUCGAACACACACCGGCGAGAAACCGUUCAGAUGCGACGUGAAGGACUGCGGGCGCUCCUUCUCGGACAAGUGUAACUUGAUCGGUCAUCAGUUGACACACAGUAACGUGCGUAAUUUCACGUGCGAUAUAUGUAAGCAAGCGUACAAGACUAAGAACCAAUUAAAGAACCAUCUUCAGGCACACAGUGAGGUGCCUAUUUAUAAAUGUAACGUUUGUGGGAAGUUGUACAGGUGGCGAACUAACUUAGUUAAUCAUGUAAAGACACACAGUGAUAAAGAGAUUAGUACAAAAGUCAGUUAAGGAGAGACAAAUACAAUGAUGAUACAUCUAGGUGUUUGAUCGCAGUUGUCUUUUUAGAAUAAAAUGUACAGUUCCACAAAAAAAAUGAGGUUAGGUCUGAUAACUUUUUUUAUCUGAUCCUGGGGCUUUAUUUUGAAAGCGAAAAAUUAGUCAACAAUUGUUGUAAAUAAACUUUUGUAUAAAACA